AUGACGCACUCGGUCAAUGUCGGGUCACAGCAGCCGGUGGCCGCUGGCCCCGCCCCCCAGGACCCCGAGGACCCCCGCAACCCUCUAUCCACCCCAACCCCCACUCCCACCCUCCAAAUUGGUUUACCUCGGCCCACGUCCCGCUUUUCAAUUUGUUACCUGCAAAUUGAUAUCGGAAGUUACUCUGAUACAAAGCGAGCGCGCGCAGUAUCGAUCGUCAGGAGUGCCCUUGGUGCUCCUUGCACCGCCACCUGCCUCGAUAACAUCUACCCGCUACUAUCUGGCUUG